UGACUCUGUUCCACCAGCUUCGAUGCCGAUCUUUAUUCGUUUCGAUCUUGCCGCGUCUUUGGACGCCUCAAAGCUUGGUGGGUCUGCGAGCAUCAAAGCCUGCCAUUCUCCAUAGUUUGGAAUUGACAAAGCACGAAUAUUGAUUGUGAAUUUGAAGACGAUUGAAGACCAAUAGAUAGAACAGAAAAAGAGGAAACCAUGGCUAAAGACGCAGAAAUGAAAGAUGCCAUUCUCGGAGGAGGCGCCAAGAAGCGCAGUCCCAACCGUUUGCUUGUGGAUGACGCCACGAACGACGACAAUUCGGUGAUUAGUUUGUCACCCGCCAAGAUGGAGCAGUUGGAGCUUUUCCGUGGAGACACUGUGUUGAUCAAGGGAAAGAAAGGAAAGGACACCGUCUGCAUUGUGUUGGCCGAUGAGACUUGUGACGACUCCAAUGUACGCAUGAACAAAGUUGUGCGCAAAAAUCUUCGCGUCCGCCUCAGUGAUGUCGUCACAGUAACCAGUUGCGGCGACGUCCCCUACGGCAAGCGCAUUCACAUCCUUCCUUUGGACGAUACCAUCGAGGGAGUCAGCGGAAAUCUCUUUGAUGUUUACCUCAAGCCCUACUUUUUGGAGGCUUACCGUCCCGUCAAGAAGGGAGAUUUGUUUUUGGUCCGUUCGGCCAUGCACCCUGUCGAGUUCAAGGUCGUCGAAACCGAUCCUUCCCCAUAUUGUAUUGUGGCCCCCGACACUGUCAUCCACUGUGAAGGAGACCCCGUCAAGCGUGAAGACGAAGAGAAGCUUGAUGACGUUGGAUAUGAUGAUGUAGGAGGCUGCCGCAAGCAAAUGGCACAAAUCCGCGAAAUGAUUGAAUUGCCGUUGCGGCAUCCAACCCUCUUUAAGACGCUCGGUGUCAAGCCUCCUCGUGGAGUCCUCCUCUAUGGACCUCCUGGAAGUGGUAAAACAUUGAUUGCUCGUGCUGUGGCGAAUGAGACUGGAGCAUUCUUCUUCCUGAUCAACGGUCCCGAAAUCAUGUCCAAAAUGGCCGGUGAGUCUGAAUCCAACCUCCGAAAAGCAUUCGAAGAAGCCGAAAAGAACGCACCCGCCAUCAUUUUCAUUGAUGAAAUUGAUUCGAUCGCUCCAAAGCGUGAAAAGACAAACGGUGAAGUAGAGCGUCGUAUUGUCAGUCAAAUGUUGACGCUCAUGGACGGAUUGAAGCAGCGCGCCAGUGUCGUCGUCAUUGGCGCCACCAAUCGUCCCAAUGCUAUCGAUCCUGCCCUCCGUCGUUUCGGACGUUUCGAUCGAGAGAUUGAUAUUGGAGUGCCAGACGAAAAUGGACGUUUGGAGGUUUUCCGAAUCCACACACGAAACAUGAAGCUUGACGAUGAUGUCGAUCCAGAGGCCGUUGCCCGUGAAACUCAUGGUUUUGUCGGAGCUGAUAUUGCCGCUCUCUGUACCGAAGCAGCCAUGCAGUGCAUCCGUGAAAAGAUGGAUUUGAUUGAUAUCGAGGACGAGCAGAUUGAUGCCGAAAUCUUGGAUUCCAUGGCCGUCAACCAGGACCAUUUCCGCCACGCCCUUGGACAAUCCAACCCGUCCAGUCUUCGUGAGACUGUCGUCGAAGUGCCCAACACUACCUGGGAAGAUAUCGGUGGAUUGGAGGAGGUCAAGCGCGAUCUCAAGGAGCUUGUCCAAUAUCCUGUGGAGCACCCAGAAAAGUUCGAGAAGUUCGGUAUGAGCCCCAGCAAGGGAGUACUUUUCUAUGGACCUCCUGGUUGUGGUAAGACUUUGAUGGCCAAGGCUGUCGCCAACGAGUGCCAAGCCAAUUUCAUCUCGGUAAAGGGACCCGAGCUUUUGACCAUGUGGUUCGGAGAGAGUGAGGCCAAUGUCCGCGACGUCUUUGAAAAGGCUCGCCAGGCAGCACCUUGUGUUCUCUUCUUUGAUGAGUUGGAUUCCAUUGCCCAGCAGCGUGGAGGAAGCAGCGGAGAUGGAGGCGGCGCUGCUGAUCGUGUCAUGAAUCAGUUGCUGACUGAGAUGGAUGGAGUUGGCGCCAAAAAGAACGUCUUCAUCAUUGGAGCGACCAAUCGACCCGAUAUCAUCGAUACGGCUCUCAUGCGUCCUGGCCGUUUGGAUCAGCUCAUCUACAUCCCCAUGCCCGACUUUGAGAGUCGUUUGUCGAUCCUCCGAGCUACUCUGCGCAAGAGUCCUGUCUCGAAGGAUGUUGAUCUUAACUAUCUUGCUUCCCAGACCGAUAAGUUCACCGGUGCCGAUCUCACAGAGAUCUGUCAGUCGGCUUGUAAGAUGGCAAUCCGCGAGGAGAUCGAGCGUGAUAUUGAACGCACCCGCAUCAAGGAGGAAGCUGGCGAGGAAAUGGAAGAGGACGAUGACGACGAGGAUGAAGAUUUGAUGCCUGAAAUUCUUCCAAAGCACUUUGAGCACGCUGUCCGUCAAGCCCGUCGAUCCGUCUCUGACCGAGACUUGGCCCAAUACGCAUCCUUCGCCCAAACCCUCCAACAGUCCCGUGCCGCUGUGACGGGAGCCGCUGGUGGCAGUUUGGCCACAUUUGCUUUCCCUGAAGCAGGGGGCGGCGGAGGAGAAGCCGCCGGUGGAGCUGCCGAUGAUGACGACGAAGAGGAUCUCUACAGUUAGAUUUUUCGAUUUGUCGUCGACAUUGGGAUUCAAGCAAAGUGAAAAGAGGCAGUCUGUGAUGGUCGACAGCAGCCUCAGAUUAAAGUUUGGUCGUGAUGAGAAUUGCGAUACGAGUAUAUAGAAGAUUUUAUCAAUAACAUAGCAGGACACUUUC